AUUUGUUUUUUACUUAGUCAGAAAUUUCAUAUACAAACGCAUCUUCUUCCUCCCAAUGGCUUUAUAUCUCAAAGACCAAACAACUUCAUUUCACUACAAACCUUCUCCUCUCCAAUUCUGAUUCCACCGUUCCAUUGAAUUUGUACCAGAAAUUACUGUACCAUUGUUGACCCUUUCCACUCGACCAUUCAAUUCUCCGGUCACUGGAAUUUACCGUUCCCGGCGGGAUGAGUUUGUAGCCAAUCUACAGAAUCUUCCGACAGAUCAUAGAUUCAGAAAAGGUUUCUACUUUGGGAGGUUCUGAAUAAAAAUGGAAAGCAUGCAUAUGUUGAGUUGGGAUCCGAGGACUUUAAUCAGCGAGCUGAUCCACGGGAUGGAGGCGGCGAAGCAGCUCCGGUCACAGAUCGGAGAAUCUCCGGCGUCGGCUCCGGUGGCUGAGACCAACGAGAUUCUGGUCCGGCGGAUAGUUACUUCGUACGAGAAAGCUCUGCUGAUGCUCAACUGGUCCCGCUCACCGCCCGUACAACCCAUAACGCCGGCGGCGACGGUGUCUCCGGUGAAGAAUCCCGGCAUUAUUCCGGAAUCUCCGGCGUCGCUAAACGAGAGUCCGAGGAGCGAAGAGAUUCUCGAUGGAGGAUCGAAGGAGAGUAAUCUGCAAGGUUACAACUUUAAUUCAAAGAAGAGGUGGGUGAGGAAGAUGAUGCCAAAGUGGACAGAGCAAGUGAGAAUCAGUCCAGAGAGAGGAUUAGAUGGACCUCAAGAUGACGGCUAUAACUGGAGAAAGUACGGUCAGAAAGAUAUUUUGGGCGCUAGAUUUCCAAGGAGUUAUUACAGGUGCACGUACCGUAACACGCAGAACUGUUUGGCAACGAAGCAAGUCCAGAGAUCGGACGGCGAUCCAACGGUCUUCGAAGUGACGUACAGAGGAACGCACACGUGCUGCCCGCAGGCGAUCCCUUCCCCUGCGAAGCAAGUCGCAAAAAAACCCGAACCCACUGGAAACUACCAAAAGGACCUUCUCGACAACCUCCGGAGCAAUCUCACCGUACGGACCGAGGGUCUGGACGACGCUUUCUCCUUCCCAGCGACGUCGUUUUACGACUGCGACUUCGGGGUCGGGGGAUUUUGCCAUGUGUCUGGUUCUGAUCCGACGGAUUACCUGGGAUUGAUCUCGGCUAACACCUCCACGGGGAGUUCUCCCAUCUUCCACGUUGAUUUUCCGUUCGAUCCAACGGUCGAGAUAGACGCUGGCUUCCCCACGUUUUUACAGGAAUAGUUCUAAGUGUAUAUUGACGAUUUUUUAAGAUAAAAUGGUAUAGAAAAAUCAUUACUUUUUAAA